ACCAUCUGUUCAUCAGUGCUCUGUUCAUCAACACYAAGGGAGGAUGUCAGAUCUGGCUCAGCCACAUGGCAACCAUCCACUGCGUCCAGGUUUCAGACCUGUACAAGAAGGUCUCCUGGGAGGAUAUGACAAAGGAAUGGAAGAAGCGGUUCAUCGUCGACGACGCCCCGACACUCGCCAUCAACCGCAUCUUCACGAUGGCUCAAGGGAGCACACCGGCACGUGACUGGCUCACAGAUUGGCAGAAGAUCGUGGCAACGCCCGAUUUGGACUUGCCAUUUCCGCAUCUGCGCCGUGAGUUCUACGACAGGUCAUGCGCCGCUCUCAGCCGCGCACUUGGUGAUCGCGAGCAGUACAACACUUUCGCAGAGAUCAUCAAGACCAACAUGGCAGCUGCACACGAGAAGUCAUCGUGGCAGCCAACCUAUGUGGAGAAGACGAUCAGAAACGUCGGCCCUCUCCCACGCAUCGACGACCUUCUCGAGCGAAUGGGCGGCGCCAAGUUCUUCUCCAAGCUCGAUCUCAAGUCGGGAUAUCACCAACUCGAGAUCCGGCAGGAGGAUCGCUACAAGACCGCGUUUAAGAUGCGAUAUGGGCAUUUUGAAUGGCUGGUCAUGCCAUUUGGCCUUACGAAUGCCCCGGCCACUUUCCAAGCGGCUAUGACAAUGGAGUUCCGACACAUGCUGGAUCGCUACGUACUUAUCUACCUCGACGACAUCCUGGUGUACAACCGGAGUUUGGAGGAGCAUGUGGAACACCUGCGCACCGUUUUGGAGCGGCUACGACAAGCCAAGUACAAAGCCAACCGCGACAAGUGCGGAGCUGGAGUACUUGGGACAUUAUGUGAUGCCACAAGGCAUCCGUCCGCUUGCGGACAAGAUCGAGGCCCUACGAGUAUGGCCCGAGCCCACCAACACCACGGACAUUCGUUCAUUCAUGGGAUUGCGGGCUACUAUCAGCGAUUCAUCACCGGAUAUUCCAGGAUUGCUGCACCUAUGACGAGGUUACAGUCGCCAAAGGUGCAAUUCAUAUUCGAUGACGACGCACGUCGGUCAUUCCAAGCACUUAAGACGGCUAUGCUUAUGGCACCCGUCCUUAGCAUCUAUGACCCCACAUUGCCGACGAGAGUGACUACGGACGCUUCCGGCUAUGGCAUUGGGGCACUCUUGGAACAGCACGACGGCGACGACUGGCACCCGGUGGAGUAUUUCAGCCACAAAGUGCCUCCCAUCAACUCGCUUGAUGAUGCAAGGAAGAAGGAGCUGCUCGCAUUCGUCAUGGCUCUCAAGCGAUGGCGGCACUUCCUCCUUGGGCGCCGUAGGUUCACAUGGGUUACGGACAACAAUCCAUUUACCUACUACAAGACGCAGGAUACGGUGAGCAGCACGAUCGGACGAUGGAUGUACUUCAUCGACCAGUUUGACUUCACACUGAAACAUCUACCUGGCCUCUCAAAUCGCGCAGCAGAUGCACUCUCGCGAAGACCAGAUCUUUGCGCUAUGACACAUCAUGCCUUCGCAUUUGACGAGGAGCUUCAGCGACACUUCAUCCAGGCAUACGAGUCUGAUCCGGACUUCGCCACGCUGUACGCACAACUAUCUUUGGAUCACCCGCCAGCCAGCCACUAUCGCAUUGCCAACGGAUACUUCUCCUCCACUCGAGAGGCAAGGACUUAUUGUGUGUCCCACGCGACCGUCGUCUUCGGACUCGCCUUCUCGGGGAGUACCACGACUCGCGACUCGCCGGCCAUUUCGGAGUCAACCGCACUAUUGCACAGCUUCGACAGCGAUUCCGAUGGCCCGAUCUCAUUACCGAUGUCACUCGGUAUUGCGACUCUUGCGAAGUUUGCCGACGCAGCAAGCCCCGCAACCGCAAUCCCUACGGCGAGUUACGCCCGAUGCCUAUUCCACGGGAAGCUGGUCUCUCCAUUGCCAUGGACGUCACCGGUUCUCCUGACGGAUUACCUAAGGUGCCUACCUGCAAAGGUAAGGACCAAGCUGGUUGAUGAGGCCUAUGUCGAACAACACACCUUCGCUUCUUUUAGUAAGAAAGCUCUGGACAUUGAGGCAAAGUUGGGAUCCGCUCAUCAGGUAUCUCAUGAUAGUAGGAAGAGACUUCCCCAGGACUGGAAGAAGAAGGGUCAGUUGAUGUUUGUUGACCAUGAUGGUCAAACGAUGGAGAUUGACGAUUUCCCAGAUCUUGGGGAGGCGACAGAGCAGGAUGGGGCCAGUGAGACUUCGGAUGGGGGAGUCGUGGCACCUAUCAAAGAAAAGGCUAGGGGGACCGGGAAGAAGAAGAUAGUACGGUCCACGGGUCAAGGCGACCAAGGAACACCUGCUUGGGUGAAACUUGGUUUAGACUACAAGGUGUGGAGGGACCUAGUUGCCAGGGGCACAUGCAUGAACUGUAGCAACUAUGGCCACACAUCACGGACAUGCCGAGGCAAAAAGGUCACAACGAAGGCCGUUAAAACAACCCCAGAGAUAGAAUUAGUCAUCGCACAAUAUUCAGACCUUUUUGAGGAGCCCACAGGCGUGGUAGAAAGGGAGGUUGUCCAUGUGAUAGAGGUUGUCCCAGGUAGUGAGGUACCUAGAGGACGAGUCUAUAGGAUGUCUCCUGCGGUGUUAUAUGAGCUCCGCCGCCAGCUCAAGGAGCUCACAGAGAAGGGAUGGAUUCGGCCUAGUACCUCCCCUUACAGCGCUCCAGUCCUAUUCGUACCGAAGAAGGGAGGUACCUUGAGGAUGUGCAUUGACUACAGGGGCCUCAAUGCCAUCACCGUUAAGAACGCGGAGCCCCUACCCCACAUCAACGACCUCUUGGAUAGAGUGCAGGGAUGCCGGUACUUCACCAAAAUAGAUCUGAAGUCCGUAUACCAUCAAAUUGCCAUUAGGCUUGAGGAUCAGCACAAAACCGCAUUUCAGACUAGGUACGGUCUGUACGAGUUUGUGGUGAUGCCGUUUGGACUAUGCAAUGCACCUGGUACAUUCCAGCACUCGAUGAACAGGAUUUUUCAUAACUACUUAGACAAGUUUAUCGCCGUGUACCUCGACGAUAUUCUCAUCUUGAGUAGGACUGUAGAGGAGCACGCUGAGCACUUGAAAACAGUGCUAGGUCUCCUAAGACAGCACCAGUACAAGGUGAACUUGGAGAAAUGCGAGUUUGGUCGCACCAAGAUCUUGUACUUGGGUCAUGAAAUCUCAGCAGAUGGACUGAGGCCGGAUGAUGCCAAGGUGGCCAGCAUACAUGACUGGCCUAGACCUCAGACUGUUACUGAGGUCAGAUCGUUUUUGGGGAUGACGGGCUACUAUCAUCCGUUUGUAAAGAACUAUAGUGCUAUAGCUUCCCCAUUGACAGAUCUAACUCAACUGGACACCCCUUGGGAGAGGACUGAAGAGUGUGAGGCGGCCUUUAGGAAACUGAAGUACGCCCUGACACACUAUGAGGUUCUUAAACUUCCUGAUCCUGAUAAGUCGUUUGUUGUGACCACCGACGCCAGCCAAUAUGGCAUAGGCGCGGUCCUUGCGCAAAAGGAGGGGCCCAAGUCGAGACCUAUCGAGUACAUGAGCAAAAAGAUGCCAUCUCAGAAACUAGCUAAGUCCACUUAUGAGUGUGAGCUCUAUGCCCUGUACAGAGCGCUGGUACAUUGGAGACACUAUCUCCUUGGCAGAUUCUUCCAUGUGAGAUCUGACCAUGAGACCGUGCGCUGGAUCAAGACUCGGCAGGUACUCUCUGACGCACUCAAGCACUGGAUACAAGUGAUAGACAUGUAUGACUAUCAACUUGAUCUAAUCAAGGGCGAGUAUAACAAAGUGGCUGAUGCGUUAUCUCGCCGGGCGGAUUAUCUGGGCGCACUAGUGACUGAGUUUGGCAUAUCUAGCGAUUUGACUCGAUCCUUGGUGUCAUCCAUAGAUUAAAGGCAAAGGAUAAAAAGACUUUGGAUGA